AUGACAAUUCAAGGCCUGCACUCUAACCAAGGGCCAGGCAAGUCCUGUGGCCCCUUGGCUCCUGAUGAGGCACUGGUGCCUGACUCCCAGUUGGAAAAAGAGGAAGAGAAUGAAGAAGAAGAAGAGAAGGAGGAUCUGGAUCCAGAUCCAGAUCUCACCCCAGAUCCAGAGGAGGAGAAGGAGGAGGAUACUGGUCUUGGAAAUCCAGCUGUUUUCAGCACUGUCCAUAACACCCAGAAAGGUCUCAGCUCCUCUGGUGUCAAAGCCCCUGGUGUGCUGGGGAUGUCGCCCACCUCUUUGCACUUCCUAUGGCAGAUCACGUUUCCCAGAAACAGCUCUUCAGCGCGGCACUUUGGACCUCGACUGCCCUCGCCUGACCCCUCUCUCUUCUGCAGCCUGCCGACCUCAUGGCUGUCUAGGUUCAGUCUUUCUAGUCAUCUAACUCAGCUCCACCCUCGGCACCAACGGGUCUUGCAGCAACGGCAGCACAGUCGAACCCCAAGUUCCCUAGCCAAGAAGCCUUGGUCUCAGCAGCCAGACUCCUAUGCUAACCUCAUGACCCGAAAAGAGAAGGACUGGGUGAUAAAAGUGCAGAUGGUUCAGCUGCAGAGUGAGAACCCCCGCCUGGAUGACUAUUACUACCAGGAAUAUUAUCAGAAGCUUGAGAAGAAGCAAGCAGAUGAAGAGUUACUCGGACAAAGGAACAGACUUGAGUCCCUCAAGUUGGUAACACCUUACAUUCAGAAGGCAGAGGCUUACGAGUCAGUGGUUCGGAUCGAAGGUUCCCUGGGCCAAGUAGCUAUAUCGACCUGUUUUAGCCCUCGCCGGGCUAUUGAUGCUGUGCCCCAUGGAACUCAAGAGCAGGAUAUUGGAGCUACAAACAGUAAGAGGCUUCAAGUAUUGUAUCGGAUUGAGAAGAUGUUCCUUCAGCUGCUAGAGAUAGAGGAGGGCCAGAAGAAAGAUGGGCCUCCACAGUCCUCCUCCUCUGAGCAGCAAAGUUACCAGGUUGAAAAGCUCUUCCAGGCCUUAAUGACCCAGGAGCAGAACAACCUGGAGGAGACAGCAGAUGGCUUCCUCCAGGUGCUCUCUUUGAGGAAGGGGAAAGCCUUGGUGGCAAGACUCCUCCCCUUCCUGCCCCAGGAUCGGGCUGUUAGCCUUCUUCUGGCCAUCACUCACCAUCUGCCCUUCCUGGUUCGGAGGGAUAUGGCUGACCAGGCCCUCCACAUGUUGUUCAAACCUCUGGGCAAAUGUAUCGGUCACUUGACCUUCCAUGAACUCCUCCAAGGACUUCAGGGACUAACGCUGCUACCCCCUGGCUCCUUAGAACGGCCAGUCACUGUGGUGCUUCAGAAUCAGUUUGGAAUAUCUUUGCUCUAUGCCCUGCUGAGUCAAGGGGAGCAGCUGGUAUCCUUGGAUUCUUCCUGUGACGAACCCAGCAGUGACCAUACAGCCUGGACAGAUAUGGUUGUUCUGAUCGCCUGGGAGAUAGCUCAAAUGCCUACGGCCUCUCUGGCAGAACCCUUAGCCUUCCCCAGCAACCUGCUUCCCUUGUUCUGUCACCAUGUGGACAAACAAUUGGUUCAGCAACUGGAGGCCAGGAUGGAGUAA